GAGUGACGACUGCCGAGCUUCCCCAAUCCACUGUCCAAUGGCUCACCUUCUCAAUCCCUCCUUCCUGAGUUCUUCCUCAACCCUUCACCGGAAACCCAAUUUGUCACCGUCAUUCCGUGCCACUAUAGGUAAUCGGAGCAGAACCCAGGUUCAGGCCAACAUCCAGGAGGUACUUAUGCCGGCGAUGAGCUCCGCGAUGAUGGAUGGGAAGAUCGUUUCUGAAGGCGACAAGCUCUCCAAAGCCGAGAGUAUAGUGGUGGUCGAGUCCAAUAUGGCCGAAAUGGACUUCAAGACCUUCUAUGACCGGAAUUCGGCGGCAAUUAUGGUGGAGGAAGGUGGGAUUGAGGCUACUCGGUCUACCGUUGGGCUAACUCCGCCUUCUGCGGAGCCGCAAUCGGAGAAAGUUCCCGAUGAUGUGGGACCAAGUUCGACGGUGAAAGCUGCUCCGGGUUGUAGAGCUGGCAAGAGCUUUGCGUUUAAUAAUAGCAUCAACAUUGCAGUUGCUUUGGCUAUGGAUAGUGGACUAAUUACAUCAAUACUUCAGGAUGCUGAUAAGGUUGACAUCCAUUCAUUGUCAAGAAAGUGGAGGGAAUUGGUUGACAAGGCCUCGGCCAAGCAGCUGCAACCUCAUAAGUACAACACUGUGGACCACUUUAGAAUUGAGAAUCUCGAAGAUGAUGGAAGGUCAUGUGUCUCAUCACUCUUUUUUGGAUCACUUUUAUCAGUGGUUUCACCUCAAGUGGCAUAUGCAAGUGACACAUUGAAGACAAAUGAGAUAUAUGAAGUCGGAGAAUUAUUUGAUUUGGGGAUCCAAUUACUAUACUUGAUAUUGUUAUUAGGUUUGCUUGGAGUUGGCACAUACUUUGUAAUUCGACAAGUUCUUGUUCGCAGAGAACUUGACCUUUCUGCGAAGGAAUUGCAGGAGCAAGUAAGAAGUGGUGAUGCAAGUGCAACUGAGCUUUUUGAACUUGGAGCAGUGAUGCUGAGGAGGAAAUUUUACCCGGCUGCUACUAAGUACUUGCUUCAGGCUAUUGAGAAGUGGGAUGGAGACGAUCAGGAUCUUGCCCAGGUUUACAAUGCUCUUGGUGUUAGCUAUACCCGUGAUGGUAAGCUUGACAAGGGAAUUGCUCAGUUUGAGAAGGCUGUGAAGCUUCAACCUGGCUAUGUCACAGCAUGGAACAAUCUGGGUGAUGCCUAUGAGAAGAAAAAGGAAUAUAAGUCUGCCCUAAAGGCGUUUGAAGAAGUCCUUCUAUUUGACCCUAACAACAAGGUUGCUAGGCCUAGGAGAGAUGCUAUGAAGGAACAGGUUCAAAUGUAUAAAGGCGUUCCCGUGAAAUCAAAGGAUAGAUGAUUGCAGUUGCUGUAACUCAUUCAUAUAAUGAAUAUGGCAGCAAGUAUAAGUUUUUUGCUCUUUUUCUUUCAUAUCAGUCUUGGGAUUUGAGAGAGGAGUGCAGAAAGUUCAAACACCUUCAAACUGGUAUGAUUGACUAUUAAAUUGAUUGUGUUUGAAAUGUUGCUAGUUUUCUCUGAAAAGGAUAGUGAAUUCAUUGUGUAACAGAGAGAGAGGGAGACAAUGAUGUAAUUAUCUCAUGCACUGUAACUUUCAAAUUCUAACUUACUAAACGUAUUACUUAAGCUUACCUGUGUCA